AUGCAGGCAUUCGAUGCUCGAAAGGUAUUCCCUUGUUUCGAUGAACCUGGAAUGAAAGCCCGUUUUACCGUAACUAUUAUCUAUCCCCCAGAUUAUGUUGCUCUCAGUAAUAUGCCUGCAACUUCUACGACGGUCUUGAACGAUGACUGGCGCCGUACACAAUAUGCUCCAACGCCGAUUAUGUCGACCUAUUUACUAGCAUUUGUCAUCGCUGAUUACACUUACAAAGAAAAAGUCUCGCCCAAAAACUAUACGGUGAGAGUAUGGUCGACACAUGACAAAAUUGAACAAACUAACUACGCCAUGAGCAUUAUUGAACCGAUUUAUGAUUUUUUCACUGAUUACUUCAAUGUCACUGACGUUAUGCCCAAAACAGAUCAUGUGACUGUCCCUGACUUCAGUGGUGGCGCGAUGGAAAACUGGGGCCUUGUUAUUUAUCGUGAGACUUCACUUCUUUAUGAUCCAGAGGUGUCAUCAAGUACCAACAAGUUCCUGAUCAUACUCAUCAUAUCACACGAAAUAGCACACACGUGGUUUGGCAAUAUGGCAACGAUGAAAUGGUGGGACGAUCUUUGGCUGAAUGAAGGAUUUGCCAGUAUUCUUAUGUAUUUCGGGAUUAACCAUAUUUAUCCGGAAUGGGAUGCCUUUUCUCUGCAAGUAGUUUUGGAAAUCAUACCUGUCAUGGAAACAGAUGCACUACUGACAUCUCAUCCAGUUUCUUCUACCAUAAACAGUAUUCAUGACAUCAUGGAGAAGUUUGAUGAUAUUGCUUACAAAAAGGGAUUGGCCAUUCUACGCAUGCUGAAAGGUUUCCUAGGAUGGGAAGGAUUUCGCCGAUCCCUGCAGAAUUAUAUAAAGAAAUACCAAUUUGACAACGCCCAAAUGGACGAACUGUGGCAGGUUUACACUGAAACUAUCAAUGGACCGCUAAAAAUCAAGGAUAUUAUGGACACCUGGUCUCUCCAGAUGGGCUACCCAGUGAUUAAUGUUACCAAUCAAGGCGACUACUACCAAAUUGCACAAUCUCGUUUCUUACUUAUUCCAGGUGGUACCUACAAUGCCUCCGAAUCUCCAUUCCAGUACAAAUGGCAUAUUCCUUUUGUCUACUGUUUUCAGUCGAAUCCACUGGAUACGAAAUUACAAUGGUUAAACACCGAUACAGAUCGGAUAAAACGAUCGGAAAGUGGAUGGAUUCUUGGAAAUGUAGACCAUACUGGUUACUAUCGUGUGAAUUACGAAGUAGAAAUGUGGGACCAACUGACUGAACAACUGCAUCAAAACCACACGGUUUUACUUCCAGCAAACCGAGCAGGACUUAUUGAUGAUGCUCUAAAUUUAGCGAGAGCUCAGUUGCUCGGAUAUCCAAUUGCAUUGAAUAUGACAACCUACCUUAAGAAGGAAAAGGAUUAUGUCCCUUGGCAAGCGUUCAUGAAUGCGCUUGAGUUCAUCAAUGGAAUGUUAGACUCCACAGAAUCGUACGGCAACUUCAAGAAAUAUUUGACUGAUUUAGUAACGCCAGCUUUUAAAGCAACAACAUUUGAGGAAACAGGAACGGUCCGUGAAAGAUUAAUGCAAAAGUUGAUCCUAAACGCUGCCUGUGAUCUUGAAAUACCGGAUGCCGUUAAGUAUGCCAACGAAAUGUUCAAAAAAUGGAUGAAUAACGGAUACAGAUUGUCCCCUGACCUGGCAACAAUUAUUUAUUCAGUCGGUGUGCGAGAAGGUAGCACAAAAGAAUGGGAGUAUGUAUGGAAUCGAACUGAACAUACAUAUGUGGCUUCAGAAAAAGAAAUGCUAUUAGAAGCUCUAGCACAGACACAAGUGCCGUGGCUUUUAUGGAGGUAUGCAAACUGGAUUUUUGACAACCGAAAGAUACGCCCGCAAGAUGUUCAACUGGUUGCAAAACAUCUAACAAAAAGUAGUCUGGGAAGAAUAAUGGCGGUCCAGUUACUUGUAAACAAAUGGGACCAAAUUCUUCAAAUGUUUUCUCAAGAUGUAUUCCUUAUCUCGGAUCUCAUAAAAUAUCUCACAAAAUUUAUAAAUAACCCGUUUCACUUGGAUCAGGUGACCCAUUUGUUCCGGAGUAAACCUCCACUUGGAUCAAAGAACGCCAUAGACAACGCUAUAGAAAUUAUAAGAGCUAAUGUGAAGUGGGUAACAACAAAUGAGAAAGUAAUAACAAAAUGGCUGCACCAAUAUGACGAAAAGAAUCUUCGCUAA